AUUACAACUGUGCCUUCUGUUAUGGCUUGGAUGACUUAUAUUUCCCACUGGUUUGAUGAAGAUGAUUGGUAUGAAGGACAACAAAGAGCAAAAAUGUCACAGGUUAAACAAGUGGGACUUCUGGCUGCUGGAUGCCAGCCAUGGAACAAGGAUGUAUGUGCUGCUAGUGGGGACAGAUUUGCCUACUGUGCUACCCUUGCUAUUUAUAUUUAUCAGCUGGAUCACCGAUACAAUGAAUUCAAGCUCCAAGCAAUUAUGUCUGAGCAUAAGAAGACAAUCACAGCCAUAUCUUGGUGUCCCCACAAUCCUGACAUUUUUGCAAGUGCCAGUGCAGAUAGUUUAGUAAUCAUUUGGAAUGUCACUGAACAGAAAGUUGUGGCCAAAUUGGACAAUACAAAAGGAAUUCCUGCAUCACUUAGCUGGUGCUGGAAUGCCGGUGAUGCAGUUGCAUUUGUGUCCCACAGAGGUCCAUUGUACAUCUGGACUAUCUCAGGACCCGACAGUGGGGUAACUGUACACAGAGAAGCACAUAGUUUUUUGUCAGAUAUCAGUCUAUUUAGAUGGCAUCCAAAGAAAAAAGGAAAAGUAGUAUUUGGCCAUACUGACGGAAGCCUCUCUAUUUUUCAGCCAGGCUCUAAAAAUCAGAAACAUGUCUUAAGACCGGAGUCUCUUGAAGGAACAGAUGAAGAGGAUCCAGUUACAGCACUGGAGUGGGACCCUUUGUCAACCGACUACCUUCUUGUUGCUAAUUUACAUAAUGGUAUUCGAUUAGUUGAUUCUGAGUCUCUGUCCUGUAUCACAACUUUUAAUUUUCCCAGUGCGGCAGCAUCCGUUCAGUGUUUAGCCUGGGUUUCCAGUGCGCCUGGAAUGUUUAUAACUGGAGAUUCUCAGGUUGGUGUGUUACGUGUUUGGAAUGUUUCACGUACAACACCUAUAGAUAAUUUUAAAUUGAAGAAAACCGGUUUCCAUGGUUUACAUGUGCUAAGUUCUCCUCCAAAGAAAAAGUCACAUUCAUCACAGUAUCCUACUAAAAAUCACCAUACAUCCUCAACAAGUGAGGCUGUUCCUCCUCCAACUUUAACCCAAAACCAAGCAUUUUCUCUUCCUCCUGGUCAUGCUGUCUGUUGCUUCAUGGAUGGUGGAGUGGGGCUGUAUGACAUGGGAGCCAAAAAGUGGGAUUUCCUUAGAGAUUUGGGACAUGUUGAGACCAUCUUUGAUUGCAAAUUCAAACCCGAUAACCCUGAUCUUCUUGCUACAGCUUCAUUUGAUGGCACAAUAAAAGUUUGGGACAUAAAUACUUUAACAGCGGUUUACACAUCUCCUGGUAAUGAGGGGGUUAUUUAUUCCAUUUCUUGGGCUCCAGGAGAUCUGAACUGCAUAGCAGGUGCAACAUCUAGAAAUGGUGGUUUCAUCUGGGAUGUCAGAAAAGGCAAAAUGAUAACCAGAUUCAGUGAGCAUGGAAAGAAUGGAAUCUUCUGCAUUGCCUGGAGUCAUAAAGAUUCCAAAAGAAUAGCAACCUGCAGCAGUGAUGGAUUUUGCAUCAUUCGAACCAUCGAUGGCAAGGUCCUUCACAAGUACAAACAUCCAGCUGCAGUGUUUGGUUGUGACUGGAGUCAGAAUAACAAAGAUAUGAUUGCUACUGGUUGUGAGGAUAAAAAUGUUCGUGUUUACUACUUGGCAACGAGCUCUGAUCAGCCAUUGAAAGUUUUUUCAGGGCAUACUGCAAAGGUGUUUCAUGUACGAUGGUCUCCUCUGAGAGAAGGAAUCCUCUGCAGUGGCUCUGAUGAUGGUACUGUUCGGAUAUGGGAUUAUACACAGGAUGCUUGCAUAAAUAUUCUUAGUGGACAUACAGCUCCAGUACGGGGACUGAUGUGGAACCCAGAAAUUCCUUACCUUCUAAUAUCUGGCAGUUGGGACUAUACAAUUCGAGCCUGGGACACAAGAGAUGGGACAUGUUUGGACACAGUAUAUGAUCAUGGUGCAGAUGUAUAUGGAUUAACAUGUCAUCCUAGUCGUCCAUUUACUAUGGCAUCUUGUUCUCGUGACUCCACUGUGAGACUCUGGUCAUUGGCACCUCUUAUAAACCCUCUACAAAUAAGUAUCUUAGUGGAUAGAUGUUGGGAUGAGAUAAUAGGUAAUACAGAUCGGGCUGUAGAAUCUGGUGCUCCUCCUUUGCUGUGUGGUAAAGUUUCCAAGGACAUUAAACAAGAAGUGGAAAAAUUGACAGGAAAUCCUCAAGACAAAAAACUAAGGUGGUUUUCAGAAUGUUUUUCACCUCCUGGAGGCAGCCAAAAUUUAUGGGAUUUGGUUGCUGUAAUAAAUGGACAGGAUGACAGUUUGCUUCCACAAAACUAUUCCAAAGGAAUUAUGCAUAUGAAACAUCUCAUUAGAUUUAGAAUGUCCAAGGCACAAGAACUGACAACAGUAAAAAUGUCCAAGUUUGGAGGUGGUAUUGGUGCACCAAGCAAAGAAGAGAGGCUGAAAGAAGCUGCUGACAUACAUCUAAGAUUAGGACAAAUUCAGCGCUAUUGUGAACUAAUGGUAGAACUUGGAGAGUGGGACAAAGCUCUCUCAGUAGCACCUGGUGUAUCAAUGAAAUACUGGAGGAAGUUAAUGCAAAGGAGAGCUGAUCAGUUAAUUCAGGAAGAAAAUGAUGAUGUCAUCCCAUACUGUAUAGCUGUUGGAGAUGUUAAAAAAAUAGUCUCUUUCUUUACUUCAAGAGGCCAGCUUAAAGAUGCUCUUCUUAUUGCACAGGCAGCUUGUGAGGGAAAUAUACAGAUGUCACCACUCUCCACAACAAGUGUGUCUUCAAAUUCUGGUGGAAACAAUACAGAUUGUUACAAUGAGCUCCUGCACGAGGUCAGUAAAGAACUAGCAGAAUGGUAUUUCCAGAAUGGCCAUGCAGUGCUUGCAGCAUGUUGCCAUCUGGCUGUUGAAAAUAUAGAGCUUGCGAUGGCAAACCUGAUUCGUGGAAAUGAACUGGAGUUGGCAAUCAGUGUGGGUACUGUCUUAGGAGAAAGUGCAGCACAAGCAACACAUUAUGCCCUAGAAUUGCUAGCAAGAAAAUGUAUGACAGUAACAACAUGCCUUCCAUCACUUGGAUACAGGGAUUUAGCAGCUGAUCUUCUUAUGAUGAUUCCUGAUAAUAAACUGCAUUUAGUAAAACUAUGUGCAUUUUAUCCUGGAUGUGUAGCAGAAAUAAAUGACCUGCAUGAAAAGUGUAAUCUUCCUGAUGUAGAAGAGUGCAUGCGGUUGGCAGAAACAAUUCAGGCAGGUGGGGAUAUAUUUGAAACUAUAAAGUACUAUCUUUUAAGCACAGAACCUGAAAAGGCUCUUCCGAUCGGCAUUCAGUAUGUGAAAGAGCAACUUUGUGGCUCAGAUUGGACUCUAGAUUCAGUGUGUCCGUACCUUGAUCUUCUAAGUUACAUACGCACCGAACGACUAGUGUUGCAUAAAUGUAGUGAAUUUCGGAAUGAGUUGUUGAUUUUGUGUGGUUACAUUGGAGCUUUACUUGCUAUCAGAAGACAGUACAACAGCAUUGUACCUGCACUUUAUGAGUAUACAAGCCAGCUUUUAAAAAGACGGGAAGUGUCUGUACCUUUGAAAAUUGAACAGCUUUCUGAGGAGCUAGAUGCCUGGAGAGCUUGUACUCAAUUAAACAAGCCCACCGAUGACUUGCCAUGCACUCCACCAUCUGAGUCACAACGAACAGUGUAUUCAUUACUCAUGUCCCGAAUACAGGAGGAGCCGCUGAAAGGAAUGGUUGGGCCAGAUUAUGUCACUGGAUCAAAUCUUCCUAGUCAUUCAGAUGCUCACAUCUCUUGUUUGACAGGGCUAAGGAUACAGGGUCCAGUGUUUUUCCUUGAAGAUGGAAAAUCUGCUGUUUCACUGAAUGAUGCUUUGAUGUGGGCCAAAGUGAAUCCUUUUUCACCACUAGGAACAGGAAUACGACUUAACCCAUUUUGAUGAAGUGUUUUCUUCUGUAAAUUGUAGUGCUUAAAAUAAAACUUUGGAGGUUAAUACUGACUUAACUUUGAUUAUCAAAUGACAGAAAGAUGGCAGUUGACUCCUCCUGAAGGGCAGUUACUUGGACUUUUAAAAUUGCAAAAUGAGAACAAGAUUACUAUCCAAAUGUUUGUUGAUAUUCCAAAGAAAAAAUUAUUUGAGAAUCCAAAGAAAAUAAAAGUCUUAACUUCAUAGACAGCCAUGGGUUUUUUUAAAUAAGAAUAGCAUUGUCAGACAAUAUAGACAUAUUUGUCAACUCUGUGUAAAUAGAUGCCUUGCAAAGAAAGCAACUAUCUGCACAUUAUCAAAAUAUGGAUAACAAACUGUGAAAUCCAUAAACACACUUUCAGAUACAUAAUAACAGAAUGAAUUUAUUGCUCGCCACUCCAACCUGUUUUCUAGAAUGACUGGAAUCCUGCAGCUGUUCCAUGUGCUGUGUCCCCCUUUUUAAUUGUAACAAAUUUUUACACACAGGAUUCUAUAGCAAAAGAAAGAUUUUUAAAGUACUUAGAUUAUUUUCUUUUUGUUCAUUAGUCAUUGUACUUAAAAGCAGUACAAAGAUGUUUAUUAACAUUUGAUUAUAUAAGUAGAUGACAGAAUUCUGUUUUCUUCUAAGUUCAUUUUUGGCAGCUGUUCCCCUUAUAAUUUCUCUGGAAGCUAAAAUCUAUUUAUAAAAUGUUUGGUUGUUUUGUUGGGUUCUUUUCCUUAAAAUAACAAAGGGUUUGUAAGGAGCAAACAGCAAAUGUAUUAAAUUUAUUUAAAUGCAUUAUGUACAUUUUAAACACUUGUUUUCUUUUUACAUUCUUUAUUAGUUACAAAUACACAUAUAUUAUGGGAGACCAGAAGCAAAUACCUUUGCAUAUAUUUUUAUUUAUUAAAUCUGUGCUCGAAUGGAAAGAAAAUUGUAGCAAUAGAAUACUAAGAAUACUUACAUUUUAAAGCUGUGUAUAUUAUGGAAUUUAAUCAUAAGGCAAAUCUUACUAAUAAUUCCCAUCAGAAUUGAUGGCACACAAGCAGAAAUCUGCUUCAUCUGUUGUUACAUUUUUUGCUGCUGGUUAAAAAUCGA